AUGUUAUCUUUCCUUUGCAUUCUCUCAUUUUCUAUCAACAUUGAAAUCUUUGCAAAAUCAUAUUGUUUAGCUACUGAUUCAAGUAAAUGCCCUCGUGAAAGGGAUUUCUACAACUCUGAAACUACAACUACACUUGCUAAUUGGGCUGUUACAUCAGCCGAUAUUCUUAUUAUUGACUCACCAAAGAACCACAUUUCUAUUAACUCAAAGAUUGGCCCUGUUAAGAUUGCUGGUAAUUCAAAUGGCCUCUCAAUCAAUGUCUCAAUUCCACAAUGGACAACAAAGUUGACACUUGAGAACAUCGAAAUUGCAACAAACGCCAAAUCAAUGUUUGCCUUAGAGACAAUCCUUAACGGAGACGUCAAUUUCAAAGACUUUAGAUUCAAAACUGCUCUUCUUCGCGUUGGCGAGACAAUUUCUAAGCUUACACAUAACAUCUCAGUCUACAUGAUGUGGAGUGCAGCACUUCCAGCAAAGGGAUACACAAAAGCAAACGCUUAUAUUGAUAGUGAUGGAAUUGAUCGUAUCUUGCAAGUUGCAAAUAACAAGAUCAUUGUUGGAUCUGCUAACAAUCUCAACAAGCUUUCCAUCAAAUCAGCAAUCCCUAAAAUGUUAGAUAUCACAUUUAACCAAUUGAGCGGAAAGCUUGACGUCAAAAGAUACGGCAGUCCAGAACUUGAUAGAAUGCUCAAGCUUAUCUUCAAUGCUCAAGGUGGUUCAAUCAAUUUUGCCGAUCAAACUUGGAGAAGAAUCACGAACGGUAUCAAUUUCAACGAAUUAAUUUUUGGUAACAGACUUAUGGAGCUCAACCACCUCAAAAGUACCAAAAUUCAUAUCGCCGGCCGUGAAAUUCCAGUUUCCAUCAUAAACAAAGGUACAGAUGCACUCAAGGUCAUUGUAGAUCAGGUUUAUGCUGGUAUCCAAGGCAAAUUGGACCUUCCAAACAAAGAUGAUGCAAUUGAAAUCCUCAAAAACAUCUCAAAGUCACCAAUUGAGUUUGUUAUUGGCAAGUUGGUAACAAAUAACAAACUUGAUCUCAGUGAUAACGUUGGUAUCUCCAUGGAUUCAGAAUUCUUUGAAGGAAUUUCUGGAAUUUUCACUAAAAUCUUCAAAGGAAUCGCAGCCACAAUCGAAGGAAAGGUCAUGGAAGUACUCAGUAUCGCUACAGGAGGCAAAAUUGACACAAGAUUAACAACAAAUGGGGAAAUUAAAGUUGGCAGGAUUGAUGUAACGAAACAAUUCAAGAUGUCGAAGAUCAGAGACACGAAAUUCAACAUCAUCAGUGAUAUUUCGGAAAUAUCCAAUUUCCAAGAUGUCAAGAAACUCAUUUCCAAUCCAAUCACUGUUUUCUGCUCAGCCACAGAGUUCGAGUGUGACAAAUUCGACCUCAAUAUGAUACCAGGAGUCGAAAAUCUCCCAAUGCCAAAACCAAAUUUCACUUGUUUCAAGAACAGCAAAAAGCAACAAUGUGUCAAUGUAACAUUACCGAAAUUACCUGAAUGGAUGCCAGAAAAAUACUGUUUCGCAAAGUCAAAGGAACAAUGUCCAGCAGGAACAUUCCCUGUUUCACCAGAUAACGCUGGAGAAGUCAUUAACCAUGUCCACGACCUUACUAAGAAGGUAUUGGUAACAUUCGGAAUGGGAGAUGCCGCUUCCGCUUUAGAUUUCGCUAAUUUCAUCGGAAAAGACUUGAUUUUCGAUGGUUCCGGUUCACAACAAAGGCCAAAAGUAAACGUUAAAGGAUCUCUCAAGUUCGGAAACGUUUACAAUGGCUCUGUUUCGUUUAAUGGAGUCGAAUUAGAUUCAGACAGCGGAAACUUCGAUGCCCUCAGGCUUUUCGCACCGAUAUUGGACUUCAAGAACACAUCUCUUGCCAAAGCGUUCGAUAAAACAGCCGUAGAUUUCUCUAAAAACAUCGUAAACAUGGAUGUCAAAUCAUUCGGCGGUUUUGUAAACUCCAUUUUUGGCACAUUGAAUUUAGCAGUCAAUGACAUUGUCAGUGCCAUCGAAGUCACACCAAAAGAGUUCGAAAUCAAAGGAAACCAAGUUGCUCAAAACAUCAAGACAGAGUUAAUUCAAUCCGCAUUCAACGCUGAAAUCGAAAUUCCUUCCACCGGAUUAACACUCAAAUUCUCUGGUAAUGGAACUAAAGGAAUCGGCUUGAACAUUGCACAGUCAAAGACAGUUGGAAACAUCAGUUUCCAGUACGAAGUUGGUGUUGGUUAUGACUGGGGAAACGGUGUUGUAAUUAAUUCUACAGGUGCAUUGAAUUUGAACAAUUUGCCAAACGGAAUAAAUAUUUCGUUGCAAGGAAGUGGUGACGUCACAAUCAAUCCAGAGACAGGAAUGACGCAAUUGAACUUGGAAGGAUCCACAGAGAUAACAGGUGCUGGCAAGAAGAUUGUUUUGAAUGUUAAUUCACAAGUUGAUGUCAAUAUCAAGAAUUUGACAGUUUUGAAUGCAGGAGGAAGUGUCAAUGGAAAGAUUUCUGUAACAAAUCCAUUAAACCAAGAAAUGGAACUAAACAUUGUUGAAUUCAAUGUUGACGCAAAUUGCAAACCAGUCUUGAAAGAAGCAGCUGUUUCAGGAAAUGUUACAUUGUUACCAGGAAGUGGAAUAACUAUUGAUACAUUGAAGUUCAGUCACAACAUUCCUAUGUCAUUCAGAAGAGGACCUCUUUCCGAAGCCACAGAACAAGUUCUUGAGAUCAGAUACAAGUUCAAAGAAGGCGGAUUCCCUGUCAUUGAUGCAAACAAUAUAAGUGAAACUCCAGAUAGAAUUUUGCUUGUUUACGAUGAAACAGAAGAAGAGUUCAAAGAUCUUCUUGUCAAUGAGUGGAUUGAUACACCACAGACAAUUGUUUAUGCUAAGUUCUCCGUCGAUGAAUGCAACAAGUGGAAAGAUAGAUUAGAAUUCGGAUCAAUGACACCAGGUGUAAAGAAUGUCACAUUCGAUGCAAUUUGUGAUGAAGAUCAAGAUCCAAACGCAUUCUCUGAGAGUGAUGAAGAGACUAAAGUUGCACUUAUGGUUUCAUUGAAAUCAGUCGAAUUAGCAGAUGGAAGUAUUUUGGAGGAUGAAGAAAUUUCAGUAAUCAACAAGAGCAAAGUUGGAAAGAUUGUUGGCGGCGUAAUUGGUGUAUUAGCUUUAGUUGCUGUUGUCUGUGUUGGUUCAUUCUUUGGCUGGAAGUACUACAAGAACAAGAAGAAUGAUAUUAAUGCAGAAGAACGAAAUGAACUGACAAACCAAAUUCAAGUUUAA